ACUCUAUUUUCUCUCUCUAAAAUAUAGGAUCCCCUUCAACAAAUCACCAUCUGCCAGAUCCCUUCCUAUCUGAUUUAUGAGUUUUUCCUCAAAACUUCCCACUAAUUUGCCUUCUUUCACUUCCCUCGUCAUUUGUCUCACCGUGCAGAUUUUGAAGUAGCUGAUAGGAACAUAAACAUAAGUGGUGAAGGGGAAGAAGAAGCCAUUAUUAGGAUAGGAAAUGAAUUUAGAUGAAUUAGUUUUGAGGAAUGUGAUGUCUGGGGAAGAGGCAGAGCUAGUACAUAACCCUUCUUCUUCUUCUUCUUCAUCUCCUGCAGCAGCCACAGUUUCGUUGUUUCUCGGGAAGAGGAACAAGGACAUUAAACCGCAGCCUGAUCCAAUGGCUGAGGUUUCGGCCUCGGCAGAUGGGAUGGAUUGGAUUCAUUACCAACAAGCAUUGUUGAUUGAUUCCAAGUCGCCAGUUUCUCAAGGUGUUUACAAUCAUGGGGGUAUUGGUGUUUACAAUAUGGAAGCCAUGUCAAUGACGACGUCAGCCUCGUCGAACUCAGAUUUCCAAGAAGGUAACUGUGAACGGAAACGAAGACAGGUUGAUGAUAUGAAGGAGAAGACUAUUGAAAGAAGGCAAAGGAGGAUGAUCAAGAAUCGUGAGUCUGCUGCACGGUCCAGAGCCAGAAAACAGGCUUAUACGAAUCAGUUGGAGCACGAAGUAUCAUGCUUGAAGAAAACAAAUAGUUGGCUGAGAAAGCAAGAGGCAAGUACAUCCACUACAGCAUAUAGUUCUACUACCAGACAGUUAUAUUUUGUUCACAUACUAAAAAAGUAUAGUUUCCUUUUCUUUUUCAGGAAGCAGAAAGACUACUUUUUUCAAAUCCAAUCCCAGUGCCGAGAUACCAACUGCGGCGCACCAGCUCGGCCUUCUUCUAGAUUCUGA